GCGUUUGUUGUGUCUUUCGGCGCGUCACUUCCGGUCCCAUCGCUAUGGUUUCAGUAACGGCUCGCGACGGCUGCUCGGCGCUUCGCGGGAGAGUGCGGGAAAGGGCGCGAGCCGGGAUUCCGUUGGCGAACCGCCGCCGAUCCGCGCGGCCGCUCCGCUCCGGCUCCAGUGGGCGCCGUCUCCUCCCCGGCAUCUAAAGAUGGCAACUGGUGGUACCCCAUUGUUUGAGGAAAGCAUUGAAGAACCAGACUUGGCCAACUGUACAGUGAACAAUGGAGGUCUGGAUGAUCAGUUAAAUAAUCGGGAUUGGUGUGUUCAGUUUAAGAAGGCCAACAAGUCAUCUGAGAAGAACAAGAAAAGGUUAAGUGGAGGAAGUGAGCGACUUACAAAUGACAUUUCUCCUGAAUCCUCGCCGGGUGUUGGGCGCCGAAGGACAAAAACCCCCAAGAGUUACCCUCCCACAAAGCAUACUUAUCGUUUCUCUGUCUCAGACUCUGCAGAGCUUGAGAGGCUGAAGCAGCGUAUAAACUUCAGUGAUUUAGAUGAGAGGAGCAUUGGGAGUGAUUCUCAUGGCAGAGCCAUGGCUGCAAACAACAAACGUCCACCUGUUGAAAACAGAAAGCCAUUCAACUUUCUUCAGCAGCAGAUCAAUAGCAACAAAAGCAAGGAUCCUGAUUUAAAUCCACAGAGACAAGAAACCAAGUUUGCUGCUUCAGGAGGAGAUUUGUUUGCAUCUAUAAUAAACAGAGAUUCGUUGCAAAGUGAUCAGGUCUUACUUGGAGAUAUCAGAGGAGAAUCUGAAAUAGAGAGUAGUCAGGUUGUGAGCAGACUUAUCCAGAUUCGGGAUUACAUCAACAAGGCUCGAUGCAUGCGGGAAGAUCUAAUGGAGAAAAAUGAAAGAUCUGCAAAUGUUGAGCGUUUGACUCAGCUGAUAGAUCACUUAAAAGAACAAGAAAAGUCAUACAUGAAGUUUUUACAAAAAAUGCUGGCCCGGGAGAAUGAGGAGGAUGAAGUUGGCACAACUGACUCUGCUGUAGGAUCUGGUUCUGUCGCCGAUAGCACUUCGCUCAACCUAGAUGUGCAGUCCGAAGCAUCAGAUGCAACGGAGGCAUCUCGUAGUCUGAGAGUUCGGCCCCGCAUUGAGGACAAGCUAGGAAAUGCAGCACAGGGCUCUUCAAUUACAUCAACUCCAAAAGGGGAUACUGACAGGCUUGGUCUGAAUGACAGGAGAGUCUUUCAUAGUGGGAGUAAUGGCAAGGAGCAUGGAAUUUCCUCCAAGGAAGGUGACCAGCAUCAAGAUACGAAAGAAGAGUUGGAAAAUCUGAAAAAGCAACAUGAGCUUUUGAAAAGAAUGUUAGAACAGCAGGAACAGUUAAGGACUCUUCAAGGAAGACAGGCAGCACUUCUGGCACUGCAGCAGAAAGCAGAACAAACUGUUGCUGGAAUGGAUGAUUCUGUUGUAGCUGAAACAACUAGUAGUGUUUCAGGUCUAAGUAUUACAUCAGAACUCAAUGAGGAACUAAAUGACUUGAUCCAACGAUUCCACAACCAGCUGCAAAACUCACAGCUUCAGUCUGUUCCAGACAACAGGAGACAAGCAGAAAGUCUAUCACUGACACAAGAGGUUGUGAGGAGUCGAGAUUCCUCAACUUCAGAACAUCUGUCAGACCAAAAAGUGCAGCUGGUGAAUAAGCUGCAAGUUUUACAAGGGAAGAAGGAGAGAAUGGAUAAACUUCUUGAUGAGUUGCAUUCAUUAAGAGACCAUCAUGUCAACAACAGUUCGAUUUCCACUAGUGCCCCUGGUGUGCCUGGCUCAUCUCACAGAAGUGACGAAAGAGGUUCUGUUUGUGCACAAACAGAUGCUGUUUCAGUGAACAGGGAACCCAACAGCUUGGCAUCCUCGGUAUGCGUUUUGGAUUCCAUUCCCUCACGGCAUGAUAGUGAUGCAGAAGUUCAAGCUAAUCCCAGGAAGAAAUUAAGGAAACUGAAAGAAGUUCACAAGAGGUUAAAUGAAUUACGUGAAUUAAUUGAUUACUACCAGCAGACUUCAGAUAUGAUGACUGAUGCUGUUAAUGAAAAUAAAAAAGAGGAUGAUGAUGAGACUGAGGAAGAGUCUAUGUACUACUCUGAUCAGGAGAAUCCAGAAACUGUCACAAACAUCAGAUACCCACAAAGGGGUAAUUGGACUGAUAUCAGCAGUACUUCCAGGAUGGUGUCACAAAAUGGAGCCAAUAAUUGCAAUGGGAGACUGCUGAACACAGACUGCGAAAUCAAUAAUAGGUCGACAAAUGUACAGUCCUUGAAUGUACUACCUCCAUCAGAUGAACCUCAUCUAAGCUAUGAUGAAUGUUCUCACUACAGCGAUGAGAAAGAUGAAGAGAAGAAUGUUGAUGAAACGCGGGAAGACGAGAUCCAAGGGGAAUGUGAAAGUACAAUGUCUAGUCGCCGAAGUAGUUUUAUGGGAGAAACGGAACAGGAUUUUGAAAUUCAACAAAAAAUCAACAGAUUAAAUGCAGCUAAACAGAAGCUUAAGCAAUUGCAGGAGCUUGUUGCCAUGGUACAAGAAGUCCCAGAUGGAGUUGGUAUUGAUGUAUCUAACUUUUCGGACUUAUCGUUGACUGGAGAUGACCAACACAGAGAGCACCCAAACAAUACCAGAACAAAUACAUCUAAAGAUUCGAGAGAAUUGGCAGUGGAUGAAAAAGAGAGAGACAAGUUCUAUGAAGCUAAAUUUCAGCAACAGCAACAUGAGUUGAAGCAGUUACAAGAGGAAAGAAGGCGCUUGAUUGAAAUUCAGGACAAGAUUAAGCAUCUGCAGAGAUCAUGCCCUCAUUUACAGUUGCCAACAUCAAGUGCAAAAAAUUUAUCGAAAAUUCAAGUUCCCAUUGUUACAUCUACUCCUGCGGUUAGUGUCCAGGGUGCAACAGCAAAGGUAUUGCCUGAUCCAGUGGCAGCUCCACCUCCUGAUAAUGAGCUAUGGUCAGAGAUGCGUAGGCACCAAAUUCUGCGAGAAGAAUUACGUCAGAGAAGAAAACAGCUUGAAGCGUUAAUGGCUGAGCAUCAACGACAAAAAACAGUGACUGAUAGCAACUCUGUUAUAGAUUCAUCGGUCAAAAGUGAAGAGACUGAGACACAUGGCACACAGCAUCUCAGCAGAACUGAAAGGACGAUGGCCACAUGGGGUGGUUCUACCCAGGGUGUAUUAGAUUAUGAGGAGGAGGAGGAUGAUGAUGAGGAUGAUGAAGAGCUACAUAAUGAUGCUGCUAAUGAAGUUGAUGAAGACGAUGAUGACUAUCAAUCUGAGGGGAUUACACAACCAGAGGAAGUUCUUGAGACAAGUUCCCAUGAAACAUAUACCAUGUAUCCCAAUCGUAGCCAGAUUCAAGGAAUACACAAUUCAAGAGAGAGCAAGAACAGAUGGAGGGGUAAACAAAGAUCUUCUGCAAAAAGCAAACAACAGAAUGUUGGCGUGCGCCGACAGGAAAAUAUACGCUGGGCAGCUGAUCUCUCCUAUGUGGAAGAAAGGGAACACUGGCAAGAACAAGUUAAUCAACUAACCAGGCAGUUAGAGUUCAGUACAAAUAUGUGUCAGAGCCUGAUGCAGGACCAGCAAGCACUUUCUUACCUUCUGCAGACAUUUCUCACUGGCCCUUAUAGUGUAAUGCCUAGCAAUGUUGGAUCACCACAAGUUCAUGUCAUCAUGCAGCAAUUAAAUCAGUGUUACUCACAGUUGGCUUGGCAACAGAACCAUGUGCAAAGGCUCAGACAGAUGCUGAAUGACCUUCUGCAUCAACAACAGCAAGACAAAAAGUCAGAAAAUCGAAGAGACAGUAGUGUUCCACCUCCUUCCCCCAACAACUUAAUCUUCCCACCAUUUAACUUUCCUUCUCCAUCCUUUAACCCACUAAACACUCCAAGAUUUCCAAAUUGUUCUUCUUUUGUUCAUGGUUUUAAUGUUAAUCCAAUAUUUCCUCCUGGGUUUAGUGAUGCAUCUCAAAAUAUUAGUGUCCAAAGCAAUGAUCAACAACCACAUUUAAAUGAACACAGCAUUUCUGGAAAAACAGAGUACUUAGCUUUUCCAAAGCCAUUUGAAAGUAACUCUCCAAAAUGUAAAGAUAACAAAUGGGCCCAGAAACAGGCUGGAGAUGGAAGAGAGCAGAGCGAGAUGGCAUGGUUGAAUGAUACAAAAGAUGGAUUGAUGCAAUCACCUAGACAAGGGCAGCAACCUACUUCUCUAUCACAAAUGUGUGUAAACAAUCCAAAGCAACAAACUCCAGGGAAAAAUAGGAAGAAUUUUGAAGAGGAAUCCUUGGAAAGUUUUAGUAGUAUGCCAGAUCCAGUUGAUCCGACAACUGUAACAAAAACAUUUAAAUCCAGAAAAGCCUCUGCACAGGCCAGUCUAGCAUCAAAGGACAAAACUCCAAAAGGCAAAGGUAAAAAGGCCUUUCAUCAGAAGAAACAUCAAGAAAUAAGUGAAGGUUUUGAAUCUGCAAGCAUUUCCAGUGCUAGUGAUUGUUGCAGAGAAAAAGUUUGUCACUCCACACAGACAGAAGAGAUUUUGAAAUCUAAAACCUCGAGUACAACCAAAGAUGAAUUGCAAGAAAAGUCAAAACAAAAGAAAUCAGGUGAUCUCUCCUCUGAAACUGGUGGUGACUUUUCACUUUUUGAAGCUCUACGUGAUAAUAUCUACUCUGAAGUAGCAACUUUAAUUUCUCAGAAUGAAUCAAGGCCCCAUUUUCUCAUUGAGCUUUUCCAUGAGCUUCAGUUACUUAAUACUGAUUAUCUUCGCCAGCGGGCUCUCUAUGUUUUACAGGAUGUAGUAACACAACAUCUUUCAGAGAAGAGCUGUAAAGGAGGAGGGCAUGCAUUAUCACAGAGUUCACCUGUGUGGAUGAUAUGCAAUUCAGAACUGACUCCGAGUGAAAGUCUGGCCACAAGUGAUGAUGAGGAGACAUACGACAAGGCUAUUGAGCAACAGACUCUUAUAGAAAUUCAACAGAGUGGAAAUACAGAGUGCAUAGAAUCUUUGGAUAUUGCCAGUUCAUUGUCUACUUCCUCUAAUUUAGAACCAUUUGCCAAUGAUGAUCUAGGUAAUACAGUCAUACACUUAGACAAGGCUCUAUCCCGGAUAAAAGAGUAUGAACGAAUGAAAUUUGAUGUUGAAAAUAAUCAAAUUACAGGUGGCUGCACCAAUGCCAUCGAUUGUGCUGACGGUGGAUUUGCAGCUGAAAACAGUUAUGUAAUGGAUCACAUUACUGAUGCUUCUGACAUUAAUUGCCCCCGCAUCGACACUCAACAACUGGACAAGCAAAUAAAGGCCAUCAUGACAGAAGUAAUUCCAUUUCUGAAGGAACACAUGGAUGAUGUGUGCUCCCUACAGUUACUGACUACUAUUGGCUGCAUGGUGUUGGCACUUACACAACAGAAUGAUGAAAGCAAGGAAUUUGUCAAGUUCUUUCAUAAACAGCUUGGUGCCAUACUUCAGGACUCUCUGGCUAAGUUUGCUGGUCGUAAACUCAAGGAAUGUGGGGAGGAUUUGCUGGUUGAGAUUUCAGAGAUCCUAUUCAAUGAACUUGCAUUCUUUAGACUCAUGCAAGACCUAGAUAACAGUAGUGUGGCAGCAAAACAAAGAUGCAAAAGAAGACUGAAAGAAGUGGCAUCUUUUAAACAUCGUUAUACAACAGAGGAGAAGGCACAUUUCAAAGAGGAUGAUUCCUCUGCAGAAGAGCUUGAAGAUGAAGACAAAGAUAAGGAUGAAAGUGAGAUUGCUAUUGCAGAUAAUCUCAAAGCAAAUGAAUCUGUUGAAGCCGAGAAGUUAAUGAAAAGUGGAUUGUCGGACAGAGAGGAUGAUGAUGCUGAAAGUGAACUCAUGACUGCUAAAUGCGUCUCCAUCAGUCUUUCAAAAGCUGAAACUCAAGCAUUAACAAAUUAUGGAAGUGGCGAGGAUGAGAAUGAAGAUGAAAUAGAGGACUUUGAUGCCUGCAAUAUUGAUGUGCAGACAUCUCUGCAGGCUAAUAUUGAAAUUGCAGAUGAAAAUGAUCAUGAACAGGAUCUUCUUACCAAAACCAGCCAGGGUGAUGUGGUUAAUCAAAUCGAGGACACAGUCGCCACAGGUGAAAAUGAAUGCGGCAAAACUGCAAAUCUUCCUUUUAAAUCUUCGGCAGUAUCAAAUCAAAUAUUCAGCGAAGACACCAAGAGUUCAAAGCUGCCCUUACCUUUAAGUGAAUAUGCUCCAGGAACAUCGAUGCAGAUGGAAUUAGAAAAUGACCUGGAAGGAUCACCGGACAGUUCAUUGGCUGCCAGCCCUGACACAGAGUCUCCUGUAUUAGUUAAUGAUUAUGAGGCUGGAUCUGGCAAUCUGAGUCAAAAAUCAGAUGAAGAUGACUUUGUUAAAGUAGAAAACCUGCCUCCAAGACUCGCUGUGCUUUCUGAGGUUGAAUUGAUGAAGAGAAUUUCUGAAGAGGAACAAAAUAAUAAUUUAACCAGCAUGCUGCUAGACGAAGAUGGAGCAAAAGAGCUUGCUGGCAGCGUAGACACUCUAAAAGAGCCAGAAAAUGGCGGAGCUCGAAGUGCAUGACUGACGACUUACUGAUGUUCAUCAUGAUCUUGUUUUUGUUUGGAAUAAGUUAAUGAAAUUUGAUUCUUGUUGAAUGCUGAAAUUGUUGUUUGUUUUCAUUUGGUCUUUCAGUAGAAAUAUUGUCCAUUUUAAAUUGGUCAGUCUAACCAGGCUCUCUUGGUCUACAUUUAGUAUAAGUUGCAACACAUCUCAGUAACUUAAAUAAUUUUAUCUCUGAAUCGGCUGUACUCUAAUUUUUCAAUUUGUAAUAACAAGACCGUGUAAUUCUCUUUUAUACUGAAAUAUAUCCACUUUUAUAAUGAGAGGCUUUGAUUCCAGCACUACUAUAUUUUGUCACCAACAAGUGCAUCACUACCUUCUAAGACUUAUUAUGAUUUACCUAAACUGUAAUUCUGUUUAACCUAUCAUCGUACUAUAUCAACUAUCAGCCUAUUUAAAAUAAAGUUUAAAUGUGCUUGUUCAAGGUGGAGCAUUUUUUGUGACUACUGUAUGUGCAAAUUGUAUUGAUUUGGACAACCAGUACAGAUUGCAGUAAUUGUUAUUUUCUGAUUUGAGGUCCAAUUCAAAGUGAACACAAAAUACUGAAUGGACAAUGAAAGUGAUAUUUUAAAUUCACCGAUUUAUCUAUUGUAGCUAAACUCCCUCAGGUGAGACUAUGCUACUGUUUGUCCACCAUUUUUGCCUGUAAAUUUGAUUUGUCAUUGGAAAGUAGUUUACAUAAGUUGCUUGUGACAAUACAUUUGUGAAUUAGAAAGCCACGGAGCUUACAUAUGUUGUAGAUAAAAAUUCCUUCUGACUUGGACACUGAAUUACUGAUUUUAGACAUAUGGUUUGUUUUCUGCUUUCAUAUUCAAGCAUAGAAAUGAAUUAUGUACAGGCAUAGGGAUUGGUAUUAAAUGGAACUACAAACACUGA